CCUCCACACUUUCGAGUAUUAAUUUCAAUUUCGUUUCUUCUUCUUCUUCUACUUCCAGAUAUGACGUCGGUCAUGAUGGCUACCUAGAUUUGACUGAAUUGAAAUUCAUGAUGGAAAAAUUGGGCGCACCACAAACUCACUUGGGUCUCAAGCAAAUGAUUGCCGAAGUCGAUGAGGAUCACGAUGGUAAAAUUUCAUUCCGUGAGGAGCUAAUCUAUCGCAAAGCGCAAGCCGGAGAACUCGACAACGAUUCGGGUCUCAAUCAGCUAGCACGACUCACCGAAAUCAAUGUAGAGGAGGUGGGUGUUACCGGCGCGAAAAAUUUCUUCGAAGCUAAAAUUGAACAACAACUGCGUUCGAAUAAAUUUCACGAUGAGAUACGACAGGAGCAGGAAGAGCGACGUCGCGAAGAAGAAGAGCGCGCCAAUAGGCGUUUGCAAUUUCAACAGCGUGCAGCGAUCUUUCAGUAAAACAAAACAAUAAAUCGAUUGAUUGCGCGUAGUACGCUUUGGCGGGGAACGGAAGGGGAAAGUUUUUAGAAAACAUUUAAGAUUUAUCAUCAAUAAUUUGUAGAUUUGUAAGUAAGCACAUCAUUUAAGAACAUUAGCAGCAAAGUAUGUACGACGGAAGAUGGAAAUGUGUUUUAGAAAUAUAGCAAACAAAUGAAAACAAAAA